GAAUGAUAGGUGAGAUUAAAAGUGGAAGUGAUGAUAGUAAAUGAGCUUGAUGAAUUAUUCGAGUUUAUAGUUUGAAAACCAAUCAAAUUUAAGUUUUGAGAUUCUUAAACUAGAUAUAAAAAAUAAUUUUCUCGUAUAUUAAAAUAACAAAUAUAUGGUAAUAUAUUUAUUUUAUUCUUUAGUCAGGAAUUGCCAAGAGUGCAAAGGGUGGAAAAGGUGGAAAAGGAGGAAAAGGAGGAAAGUUUGGAUCUGGUAAAAAUAAGAAGACUCCUCAAUCUAGGUCUUUGAAGGCUGGGCUCUAAGUAUGUAUUUUGGUAAUUUUUAGUUCCCUGUCGGUCGUAUUCAUCGAUAUCUUAAGCAAAGAGUAUCUGCUAAAAACAGAGUAGGAACUACAUCAGCAGUUUACGCAUCAGCAAUUUUGGAAUAUCUAACAGCAGAGGUGCUUGAGUUAGCAGGGAAUGCCUCUAAAGACUUUAAAGGUAAGAAAAAUCAAUAUAAUUUUUUAGUCAGAAGAAUAACUCCAAGACAUUUACAAUUAGCUAUUAGAGGAGAUGAAGAGCUUGAUAUCCUCAUCAGAGCUACAAUAGCUGGUGGUGGUGUCAUUCCCCAUAUUCACAAAGCUUUAUUAGGAAAAUAAACACCUGAAGGUGGUUAACCAAAGGAAUGAAAUAUAUAUAUAAUAAUAUUAAUUCAUUUUGCAAUUUA